CGCAGCUCCGCCCCCGGCCCGGCUCGGCCCGGCCCCGGGCCCGCUCGCCCGCCGCCCCGCAUGGAGCUGUCAGCCAUCGGCGAGCAGGUGUUCGCGGUGGAGAGCAUCCGGAAGAAGCGCGUGCGGAAGGGUAAAGUCGAAUAUCUGGUGAAAUGGAAAGGAUGGCCUCCAAAGUACAGCACAUGGGAGCCGGAAGAGCACAUCCUGGACCCCCGCCUGGUCAUGGCCUAUGAGGAGAAGGAGGAGAGAGACCGAGCGUCGGGGUAUAGGAAGAGAGGUCCGAAACCCAAGCGGCUUCUGCUGCAGCGGCUGUACAGCAUGGACCUGCGGAGCUCGCACAAGGCCAAGGGCAAGGAGAAGCUGUGCUUCUCUCUGACGCGCCCACUCGGCAGCGGGAGCCCUGAGGGGGUGGUCAAGGCAGGGGCACCCAUGGUGGACAAGGGCCCCAUGGUGCCCGCCCUGCCCUUCCCGCUCCGCAAGCCGCGGAAGGCCCACAAGUACCUGCGGCUCUCACGCAAGAAGUUCCCGCCCCGCGGGCCCGACCUGGAGAGUCACAGCCAUCCACGGGAGCUCUUCCUGCAGGAGCCAGCGGCCCCGGACGUCCUGCAGGCGGCCAGCGAGUGGGAGCCUGCUGAGCAGCCCCCCGAGGAGGAGGAUGCAGACCUGGCCGAGGGGCCACCUCCUUGGACACCCGUGCUCCCCGCAAGUGAAGUGACAGUGACCGAUAUCACCGCCAACUCCGUCACCGUCACCUUCCGGGAGGCCCAGGCGGCUGAAGGUUUCUUCCGGGACCGCGGCGGGAAGUUCUGAGUCACCAUUUUUACUCUUCGUAAACUGUUUGCUUUUGGGCUUGGGGUGGGGACUUCCAGAGAUGGGGAGGGGUUGGGGGCGGGGUAAUUAUUUUAUUUAAAAAACAUAUGGAACAGGAGCAGGGGAAAGAUCCUGACACUCUCCCGCCACCUCGCCCCUUUCUCUGCGCGUGAUGUUUACAGAAAGGCUUGGUGGUCUGUGUAGGGGGCUGGGGCUGGAGCGGCCUGGCAUUGCCCUGCCAGUCAGGGGGCCGCCUCCAGGCCAGGAGGGCCACCCGCCCCUGGCCGCCUGCAUCUCCAUCCAUCUCCAUCACUGUACGGCUCUAGAGAUGCAGCAGCUGGUGCCAGGAACCAAAGGAGGAUGGGAGGGCCCAGACCCUCUCCUUUGAGCCACCCACUCCCACCUUUCUGGCUGGUUUCCCUUUUCCUUUUUGGGGUGGGGGGUGGGGUUCUUUCUUUUUAACUUUCCACUCCAGCUUUGCGGUGGGAUAUGGAGUUUGGCUUUGACCAAAAAUGACUGGGUCAAAAUGAGGGCGCAAGAGGAAGGCUUUGAGGUUGUUGGGGUACGUUCCAUACCCUUCCUUGGGGUGGCUGCCAGCUGAGCCCCUCCCAUUGGGAGCCCCUGCCCCCCAUCACCUGGCCUGUGAGAGACACUCACAUGCACACGCAGCCACACGGGUGCACACACACUGCCCUGUGACCUCGUGACUGCAGGUGUGUGUCUGCAGAUGCACACAGCGGGUCUUGCAAACCUGUUUCGAAACCCUGACCUGGCAAAUUGUGGGGUGGUUCACAGCACCUGAGAACUUGUCACGGGCACCCCACACUUCCCACCCUUGCACGGCACAGCACGUGACAGGAUCUAUCCCGACUUGGUCCGCUCACAGCUGUCAGUGAGGGCCGGACGGCCUCAAGGCUCCCGGCACACAGUAUGGUUCUCUGGCUUACGUGGUGGGCCCGCAGGCAUGCCAGGGUCAGCACAGGCUCUGAGGCACUUGAUCCUGUCCUUCCUCCCCUGAGGGGCUCUUGUUUUCUCUGACUCAGGUGACUUUUCAACCCUACCCCCUCCUCUCUUUUUCUGCCCUCCCAGAGAGGGAGGGAGCGUCCCAUCACCUUCUCAGGGCAGCCUUCAACUCCUGAAACCCUUCCUCCUUCCAUCCUGCUUCCCCUGCCCAUCCAUCCCAGAUGCCACAGCUGGGAGUGCCCCGGUUUUCCUGUGUGUGUGUUGGGGGGGCUCUGCGCGUCCUCCUACAGUGGGGCUGCAGCGGCUGGUGGGUCGGGCUGUGCUUAAGCACCGGAGCCGCUGGGCCCGCUGGGCAGAAGGCUUUUGCUGCUGGGAGGAGGGAUGCUGGGAGAAGGGAUGCUGGGAGGAGGGACGCUCAUCUCCUACUUUGCACAAAUGUGUCCUGUGGCCAAGUAGCUUCCCAAGUGUGAGGAGGGGCUUCUUUUCUGCUCCAGCCCUGGAAGGGAGAAAAAGCCAGGUGGGGGUGGAUAAGAGGAGCCAGGGGAGCAAAGGUAAGAGGCCGGCUCCCUCCACCUUCCCCCAUCAUCAGCGUUGGGGUCCUGUAGGGGGAGGCCCUGCCCACCAUCUCCCAGGGCUCUCUCUCCACUCUGCUUUGUCCUGAAGAAGUCAGCAGAAUCCUGCUGAGGCAAGGAUAGGGCGAUUCUUCCCCCAGACCCCUUCUUCCCGAGUUCCCGAACCAAAGACAGCCUGGACCCCAUUUUUGUUUGGGGUGCCCUGCUGGCAAGAUUCCUAAAUCCCUGAGUCUCUUUCCUUCCUCCUUAAUCCUUUGUUGUCCAGGGUCAAUUCAGUGCUUCCAAUGUGGCGGGGGGUGGUCUGCUCUGGUGGUUCCUCCCAGCUUGGGAAGUUGACUCUAGAGGAGCUCCUGGGGAUAGGAGGGGCAGCAGAGCCCCCCACCUGCCCCACCCUGCUGUGAGACCCUGGGUCUGGGAAGGGCAGCUUGGAGUUGGUGGGGGUGGAGCGGGGGUGGCCAGGGGGGCCUCUAAUCGAAUGCUGUUGGCCUUGGCUUUGGGACCGGGCUGGCAGCUUGCAGUAGAAGGCAUACACCCCAUCCCCCAGGGGACAUGGGACCUCUUCCUGCCUCAUGGGCACUUUCAAAGAGCUGUUUGUGCGAUUUGCAGGCUGGGAGGGGGGUUGGGGGCUGUUUGUGGAGUGAGACGGCUCAUGUUCUGUCUGCAUGGCAGGAUGCUUCUUGCCUCUUCAGCCCUUUGGGCAAGCAGGGCACCCUGUGUCUCAGGGCAGAAGCCUGUGAGCUGGGGCUCCCCACGGCUCCCCAGGGUCGGAGACCUCUAUGAGGGGCUGGAUGUGGCCUCGCAGGCCUUUUCCCAGCCCUGAGCAUCCUGGGGGGGCCUGGGACACUGAGCUCCCCCCUACCCCGCCCCACCCCACCCCACCCCAGAAGGCCAGUACUCACAGGGGUGGUGGGGGCUUAGAAAGAGUCGGACCGCCUGUCUUUCCUUCCCCGGCCCCCUCUCAUUUUGAAUGUAGAGAGCCCGGUCGGUACUUUCCUCUUGCUGUGGGAUGGGGCGAGGACAGGAUUCCCCCACCCCUGGCACGGCCACUUGUAAUGCCCAGCCGAGCCCUGUCAUCCCUUCAGGGUGACGAUCCCAUUGCUGACUCCCCUCCUGCGGGGGGAGGCGCUAUGCCCGUGUAAGGUGGCUUAGCUUUGCUUUGUAAGUGGCCAGCCUGGCCUCCACGUCUCAGCACAAGAACGCUGCCUUUGCACGGAAUGAGCGUCGAGCUUUGUUCAGACAACGUGAAUGUAUUUGGGAGGGAUGGGAGUGCGGGUUGAUUCCAAGCACAUGCCUUUUCUGAGUGAGUGUGUGCUGGGAGGGCUAGAGUGGAUGCAGAGCGCGGUUUAUUUUUGUACUGAUGUUGGUAAGAGACUGUAUAGCAUCUAUUUAUUUAGAUGAUUUAUCUGGUAAAUGAGGCAAAAAAUUAUUAAAAAUACAUUAAAGAUGAUUUUGAAAAAAA